CCUCCGCCCGCCGCUCCUGCCGGGCGAUGGCAACUCCGCGGCCCGCCGCGCUGGGCACGGCUCUCUGGGCGCUUCUCCUGGCCACGCUCGGCCCCACCUCCGGCCAGCCUCUGGGGGCAGAGUCCCUCUGCACUGCCCGGUCACUGGCCAGAUACAGCCUCACCUUCACGGGCAAGUGGAGCCAGACAGCGUUCCCCAAGCAGUAUCCCCUGUUCCGGCCUCCGGCACAGUGGUCCUCCCUGCUGGGGGCCGCUCACAGCUCGGACUACAGCAUGUGGAGGAAGGGCCAGCACGCCAGCAACGGGCUGCGGGAGUUUGCGGAGCGUGGCGAGGCCUGGGCCCUGAUGCGGGAGGUGGAGGCCGCGGGGGAGCGGCUGCAGAGUGUGCACGCCGUGUUCUCGGCCCCCGCCGUCCCCAGCGGCACCGGGCAGAGCACCACGGAACUGGAGGUGCAUUCCCGGCACUCGCUGGUGUCUUUCGUGGUACGCAUCGUCCCCAGCCCCGACUGGUUCGUGGGCGUCGACAGCCUGGACCUGUGUGAAGGGAGCCGCUGGCGGGAGCAGGUGGCCGUGGACCUGUACCCCUACGACGCCGGCACAGACAGCGGCUUCACCUUCUCCUCCCCCAACUUCGCCACCAUCCCCCAGGACGCGGUGACUGAGAUCACGUCCUCCUCGCCCAGCCACCCGGCCAACUCCUUCUACUACCCGCGGCUGAAGGCGCUGCCUCCCAUCGCCACAGUGACCCUGGUGCGGCUGCGGCAGAGCCCCAGGGCCUUCGUCCCACCUGCCCCGGACCUGGCCAGCAGGGGCAACGAGAUCGUGGACAGCCUGUCAGUUCCAGAAACGCCGCUGGACUGCGAGGUGUCCCUGUGGUCAUCCUGGGGCCUGUGCGGAGGUCCCUGUGGGAAGCUGGGCUCCAAGAACAGAACCCGCUAUGUGCGCGUGCAGCCCGCCAACCACGGGGACCCCUGCCCCGAGCUGCAGGAGGAGGCCGACUGUGUCCCCGACAACUGUGUCUAGGACCCUCGACCCGGGUGACAGCUGGCGACCUGCAGGGGCCCCGUCCCUGCCCACAGAGCAGGCCCUCUGCGGGCAGGACUGGGGGUCUGUGGACAGGCCCUCGGCACCCUGGUCCACCCCGGGUUAAGACCCUGUAAUUUAUUGCUGUCCUGGAGGCUGUCUUGGAUGCAGGAGCCCCUGCCAGCACCUGGGCAAGAUGACGACCCCCUCGCACCCUGGCCAGGAGCCAGCACCCACAUGGUGGUCAAAUACCUCAGACCUGGCGCCCACGCCACCCUGGGGCCCACCCCGGGGUGAGGCUUCACCAAGCACGACUGCCGGCAUCCAAGCAGGGACAAGAAAUGAGCAGUGCCAGAACCUUCCCUCACGUUCUCACGUUCCAGGACCUUGUAGCAGGUCCUCAUGUUCCAGCUCUCCUAUGUCAAUGCCAUUAAGAAUAAAGAUUUUGGAGGCCGGCCUUGUGCUUAGCACGUGAGCCGCCACCUGCAAUGCCAGUAACGGGUGCCGGUUCAAGUCCCGGCUGCUCCACUUCCAACCCAGCUCCCUGCUGAUGGCCUGGGAAACCAGUGAAAGACGGCCUGGGUCCUUGGGCCCCUGCACCUGUGUGGGGGACCUGGGUGAAGCUCCUGGCUCCUGGCUUCUGCCUGGCCCAGCCCUGGCUGUUGUGGCCAUUUGGGGAGUGACCCAGUGGAUGGAAGACCUCUCUCUCUGUUACUCUUUCAAAUAAAUCAAUCUUUUUAAAAAAGAAUAAAGAUCUUUAGCACAGAAGAGAUACAGAUCUAUAAUCAAAGGAGUUAAAUAAAACUUGAG